UAUAUAUAUAUAUUUUUUUCUUUUUUUAACUUCUCUUGAGCCAUGUAAAGCAUUUGAUCACUAAGGCCGAAUUGAGGAAGAAUAUUGUGGAAUGCGAAGGUAACCCACAAUCUAAAAUCAUUAAAGCUUCAACCUUUUAUUUUGUUGUCACAUUGAUUUCUGAUUUUCUUUUUAUCUGUUGACGGAAUCGUUUUAUAUUUACAAGAGUAUCAUUUGGGGAUCUGAUGGGUAUUUGGGGUGAAAUUUAGUGCAAUUUAUGUUUGAGUUUUAGUAUUUUGGUUUGUGGUUUUUGUUGUUUGGUGCAUGGGAUCACCAUUUGAGGAUGAAAGUUUGGAUCUUUAGGUGAAUAUGACAUGGUGAUUGUAGGAGAGUUCUAAUUGGAUUAUUUAUUGAAAUCAGCAUUUGAGUUUGAAGGUUUAGACUUUUUGGUUUGUAACUUAUGAGUUAAGAUUGUAGAAUUGGUGUUUAGUUAAGAACUAGUAUUGGGUUAAUUGAGGUUUUUGAGGACACUUUCGUAUGGAUGGUGUUGGGCAAGUUUCUGAAUCUGGGUGUGGAGUACCUAGUUCACAAGAGAGGUGUCCUAAGCAAGGGUCACCUAUUAGGGGUGGUGGGUCGAGGAAUACGAGUCCUUUGGGUCGUGUAGGGUCCAGGAAUACUAGCCCGUCGAGGCAGAAGGUGAUUAAGACUAAACCUCGUGGUUUAGAUGAGGAGACAGCUAAUACAUUUGGUAAAGUUGUUCAGCCAGAUGUUCAAAUGGAAGAUAACAUCUGGGCAAUGCUACCAGAAGACUUGUUAAAUGAGAUUUUGGCUAGGGUUCCUCCGUUUAUGAUCUUUCGGCUUCGUUCUGUUUGUAAACGUUGGAAUUCAAUUCUUCAGGAUUGUAGUUUUCUUAAAUUCCAUUCACAGGUGCCAUCCCAUGGGCCUUGUCUUCUUACAUUUUGGAAGAACUCACAGACACCACAAUGCUCUGUUUUUAGCUUGCCAUUGAAAACGUGGUAUAGGAUUCCAUUUACUUUUUUGCCUCAGUGGGCGUUCUGGUUGGUUGGUUCAUCAGGUGGCCUUGUUUGUUUUUCUGGGCUUGAUGGAUUAACUUUCAGAACAUUAAUUUGUAAUCCGCUCACCCAAACUUGGAGGACAUUGCCAAAUAUGCAUCAUAAUCAGCAAAGACAGUUAAUUAUGGUUGUUGAUCGCGUGGACCGGUCGUUCAAAGUGAUUGCCACUAGUGAUAUAUAUGGUGAUAAGUCAUUGCCUACAGAAGUGUAUGAUUCAAAACUUGACAGAUGGUCAGUCCACCAGAUAAUGCCUGCAGUUAAUCUUUGCUCCUCAAAGAUGGCGUAUUGUGACUCCCGGUUAUACUUGGAAACUCUUUCACCACUGGGGUUGAUGAUGUAUCGGCUAGACACAGGUUACUGGGAACACAUUCCGGCUAAGUUCCCACGGUCUUUGCUGGAUGGCUAUUUGGUUGCUGGCACACAGAAACGUUUGUUUUUAGUUGGAAGGAUUGGUCUUUAUAGUACUCUCCAGAGUAUGAGAAUCUGGGAAUUGGAUCAUGUGAAAAUUAUGUGGGUGGAAAUAAGCAGGAUGCCACCAAAGUACUUUCGAGCUUUACUGAGGCUAUCAGCUGAGAGAUUUGAGUGCUUUGGACAGGAUAAUUUGAUCUGCUUUACAUCUUGGAACCAGGGGAAGGGCCUUCUUUAUGAUGUGGAAAAGAAGGGUUGGUCUUGGAUUGCUGGGUGUGCUCUGCAGUCAUACAACAGCCAGGUCUGUUUUUAUGAGCCAAGAUUUGAUGCUUCCACAGGCUGACAAGGAAAUUUUAGCUUGACGGCUUCCAUUUUGCAUUCUACAGAGAGAUUUAUGGGGCGCAUUAUCUUCAUUUCUUAUCUCUUAUUUCACUAAAGCCACCUUUGAUCUGUGUACAAAUUUUUAUAAGGUGCUCUAUGCUUAUUAGCUGAUUUAUGAUUCAAAUUCAGCGGGUUUUGCACGCUGCAGCCCUUGGGAGCAGUUUUUGUUUAUAGAAAAGAUCGAUAUCAUGUGUACUGUGGCUCUGUAUAUUGGGCACUGUUGUACUUGAUAACUUGAAUAGUGAUGGGAUUGAAAAAGGAUGUACACCAUGGCUGGUGAUGUUUGGGGAACAAUUGUGGAAAAAAUAACAUUUCUUAAUUUUUGUACACUUUUUGCGAGUUGCAUAUA